UGCUGCACUCAAGAUUACCAAGUUCCAGUGUUUGGACAGAAGUGCGGAACAGCGGCUCGUUGUGGACGUGUUUUAUUCCCCGACCUGUACUGUGUCUCGGGCACGCGCUCUGCCAGGUGUCACAGAGCAGAUGAAGCCUCUUGUGAGAAAGCAAGGAUGAAGUCCAGACGGAACUUCAUGUUUUUACUUUGUUCCAUGCUGGUGCUGGGGUUCCUCUACUAUUCUUUUGGAAAACUGCACCUACGGACCUGGGUCCAGAAAUCUCAGGCUGAUUUGGAUAGAUUACGCCCUAUGAGACAGGUCAUAGCUUCAGAAUACGACAAGCAGGGAUUCCUUACUAAACUUGAUGGAAAACUGCCCCUUGAGCUCCAGUAUAAAUAUGGAAAUCUCAGUAAAGGCGAGUGUAAACCAGGCUACGCAGCAGCCAAGAUGACAUCAAUCUAUCCAAAAUUUUCAAAACCAGCCCCCAUUUUCCUCGAUCAAAAUUUUAAACGGCUGUCAAGGAUCAGCAGAUACCCACCUCCCUUUGGAGUGAGAUCACAAGAAAAUAUCAUCGAUCUUAUUUUAAAGGCUACAAAGAGAUAUUCACUGGGCCCUGAAAUGGACAGAAUGAGUUGUAAAAGGUGUAUUAUUAUUGGCAACGGCGGCAUUUUGUUGAGCAAGUCCUUGGGGUCCAGAAUUGAUGGAUAUGAUGUUGUUGUACGACUGAAUUCGGCUCCAGUCAGUGGGUUUGAGAAGUACGUGGGCUCCAAGACAACCAUGCGUAUCACAUACCCUGAAGGAUCCAUCCAGAAACUGGCACAGUACGAGAAGUACUCGCUUUUUGUCCUCUCUGCCUUCAAAUCGAUGGACUUCAAAUGGCUCCGAGACAUAGUGUUCAAUGAGAGACCGCGGACUACAGAGGGCUUCUGGAAGUCUGUGGCGCUUGGAAUUCCUAGAGAACCUGUGGACAUGCGUAUCCUCAAUCCGUAUUUCAUUCAAGAAGCAGCCUUCAGAUUAAUCGGCCUUCCACACAACAACGGCCUCAUGGGCAGAGGGAAUAUUCCAACAUUGGGGGCCGUUGCGAUCACGAUGGCCCUUCAUAACUGUGAUGAGGUGGCAGUGGCUGGGUUUGGAUAUGACUUGAAUUCGCCUAAUGCUCCUGUGCACUAUUAUGAGACACUCAAGAUGUCUGCUAUCAAAGAGUCGUGGACACACGACAUACCCAAAGAGAAGGAGUUUCUCCGGAAGCUGGUGAAGGGUGGAGUUAUUCAGGACCUGACCAAUGGGAUCUGAUGUCACGCCCUCAUCAUACGGAUAACAGGCAGUAUUCAACAUCCUCCUUUUGUGGACAGUGUAGCAGUCCCUGCGGAUGGACACGUUAAUGUGAGCCAUCACAGGUCAUAAAGGAAGAGAUGUUUUAGUUUAUCACAUGGUACCUCUGGAGGAAUGGCCUUCCCCCUUAUGGUGAUGUUACCCAUGGCAACCAUACCUCAAACACUGGAAUGGCCAUCCUUUUGUGCCACAGAGCAAGACAAAGACUGAAAGCUUUGAUGCCUCCUCCGUUUUUUUUUUUUUUUACUCUACAGCAGAGGUAAAAGCGGUUUCUGAUGUGAACUCUUUGAAUGUACUUAAUAUUUAUUAGACCGUAUUCGAAUCACCAUCACUAAGAUGCUUUAUUUUUUUAAGAUAGGUAAACUGAAAUGCUUUUAAACUGUUCAAUCUCAGGCUGUGCGUUACUGCACAACACCACAGAACAAAUGAUUGUCAGCGUUGAUUUCCUGCUGCUCUUCUGAUCAAAACUGUGCCAUUUAUCCAAUCAACAUUUACUUGCUUCCUGCACCUUGCACAUGUGUAAAACUCUCUGUGUGGAGUCUGAACAUGAUAUAUACACUGUGUGCCCAAUUAUUAGGCAAGUGAGUAUUCUGAUCUUAUCAUUAUUUCCAUGCACAUUUUCUAACUCUAAACCAUAUAAACUUGAGUGCUUAUUGUAUUCAAUCAUUUUCAAGUGGGAUGUUUUUGUGUAAUGAAACACCUCAUAUCAAGGUGUGCAUAAUUAUUAGGCAGCUUCAUUACCUCAGAUAAAAUGGGCCAAAAAAGAGAUUUAAAUGACACUGAAAAGUCAAAUAUAGUAAAAUUCCUUUCAGACGGAUGCAACACUCUUGAAAUAGCUAAACUAUUGAGGCGUGACCACCAGACAAUCAAACGUUUUGUUGUGAAUAAUCAACUGGGGAGCAAAAGAAGCAUGGAGAAGAGAAGGCGCAAAUUAACUGCAAAAGAAUUGAGAUGAAUUAAACGUGAAGCUACCAGGAACACAUUAUCCUCCAAUGCUACCAUAUUCCAGAACUGCAACCUACCUGGAGUGUCCAGAAGUACAAGGUGCCAAGUGGUCAGAGACAUGGCCACGGUCAAGAAGGCUGAAACACGACCACCACUGAAUAUAUUCAUGAGUUGAACCAUCACGAUUGGGCAAAGAAUUACAUUAAGACAGAUUUUUCAAAGGUUUUAUGGACAGAUGAAAUGAGAGUGACUCUUGAUGGACCAGAUGGAUGGGCCCAUGGCUGGAUCACUAAUGGGCACAGGGCACCACUUUGAGUCAGGUGCCAGCAAGGUGGAGGAGGGGGUACUGGUAUGGGCAGCUAUCACUUAGGAUGAGGUAGUUGGACCUUUUCAAGUUGAAGAUGGACUGAAACUCAACUCUCAAACCUACUGCCAGUUUCUGGAAAGUACUUCCUUCAAGCAGUGGUACAGGAAGAAGUCCUCAGCAUUCAAGAAGGCCAUGAUCUUUAUGCAGGACAAUGCUCCAUCACAUGCAUCCAAGUACUCCACUGCUUGGCUAGCCAGCAUGAGCCGCAAAGAUGCCGAAGUAAUGACUUGGCCCCCUUACUCACCUGACUUAAAUCCUCAAAUGUGACAUUUACAGUGAGGGACAUUUACACCCCUUUGAACAGCAUUCAGGCCAGAGUUGAUCAUGAACAGAUGAAACUGACAGACUCCAUGGAUGGGGUUGGGAGAAAUACUUUUUGUAAUUUAGUUGCCUAAUAAUUGGGCACACACACAUAUAUAUAUAUAUAUCCCCUGAGAAAGACAAAACUCACUUUUUCUUUGUUAAACUUUCAGGUUUGAGGCUCAAUAACAUUUUGAAUUGACUAAGAACAUUGUGUUUGUUCAACAAUAUAAUUAAACCAGAGGAAUACAGUUUGCCUAAUAAAUGUGCACACAGUGUAGGAGACCAGGUCCAUUAAAUUAUUAUCGAGAUUUAUAAAUGAUUGAGUCCAAAAUGAGGUUUUCAUCUUGGUUGUAGACUGAUGCAUUUGAAAAAGGGGCUGUUCAUAUAGAACACAUUUUUGUUUUGACAUCUUGACAGCUUUCAUGUGUCUUGGCAUGUUCUCUACCAGUCUUUCACAUUGCUGUUGGAUGACUUUAUGCCACUCCUGGUGGAAAAUCUUGCAGAAGCACCCCCAGAUCAUCACCGAUCCUCCACCUGGUCGUCUAAUGGUUAGACGGAGACCUGGAGAGGCCUUCAAGCCACAGUGUUGCGCACCCACUGUGAAAUUUGGUGGAGCAUCGGCGAUGAUUUGGGAGUGCUUCAGCCAGUUUUUCCACCAAGAGUGGCAUAAAGUCAUCCAACAGCAAUGUGAAAGACUGUUAGAGAUCUUGUCAAGACACAUGAAAGCUGUGAUUGAAAAUCAAGGUCAUCCCACCAAAUAUUGAUUUCUGAACUCUUCCCAAGUUAGAAGAGUAGUAUUGUGUUCUUGAAAAAUGAAUAUGGACAUUAUUCGAGGUCAGAAAAUGCUGCAUCUUUUUUGUUAUUUUGCAAAUAAAUGCUGUAAAUGACAAUAUUUUUAUUUGGAAUAAAGGAGAAAUGUUGUCAGUACUUUAUAGAAAAAACUAAAAUGUUAAUUUUACUCAAACACAUACUGAUAAAUAGUAAAC